AUGGACGAAGAAGGCCAGAAGCCCCGAGUUCGACCCUGGAUCGACAAAGGAGUUCUGGUUUCGUACACCUUCGAAAAUGGCUCUUGCUGCCUGGGGCAAGGCAUUGUCAGCCGAGCGUACCACGUGCUCGAAGAGUACACCGUCCUGCUCCGGGAUGGCUCCAAAGAGGAGGUGAAGACAGAUCGGUGGAACCGUCGAAAGCCUGCGAAGAAGAAAGACGAAAACUCAGAGUACCACAACAUCGAGUUCCGGUACUUCUCCCCAAGAGAGCUAACUGUGCUUUCGGGGCUACGGCCUGGGGAUCUGGUAGAGGCACAUUUUGCAGUGAAAAAGAAGGGCGCUGCCGAGGACGAGUUGAUCAAGAGCCGGCGAACAGAGCUGGCUGUAGUCAUCAACACCACAGUGUCCACUGUCGCAGUCAACUACACCACUGAUCACAUCGUGAGCGUGCUGCCGCGUGACUUUGUGGUGGACACGACGAAUGCCACCCUCGGUCCUGGGCAAUCCAG